AUGAAAACCAAGGCAAAGACUUAUAAAUCCUUAUAUCUCGCACCAAUACUUGGAGGAGGUGUUGCUGGAAUAUGUGUGGGUACAGCUAUUUAUCCGCUGGAUACCCUAAAGACUCGGUUACAAGCAGCUCAAGGUUUUAAAAAAGCUGGAGGCUUUCAUGGAGUCUAUAGAGGACUGACGACAGCUCUAACCGGUACUGCAGCAAUGAACAGCCUCUUCUUUGUGUGCUAUGAGACUAUCAAAGAGAUCUCUGAGCCACUCGUGGCACCGAAGUAUGUUCCCGUUGUACACAUGUUUGCAGCCAGCUUCUGUGAAGUUAUAGCAUGUUUGGUGCGUGUACCGACGGAGGUAGCCAAACAACGGAAACAAACCUACAUAGGUAGAAAGAAUAAAAGUGCGUUGGCCAUAUUAGUUGAUGCCUAUAAGAAAGAAGGUAUUCGCCGUGGAGUGUACCGUGGCUUCUCUUCCACGGUGUUGCGGGACUUACCGUUUAGUCUCAUCGAGCUGCCUAUCUGGGAAUUUCUCAAAAAUACCGUUAAAAAACACAACAAUGGAGAAGUUACUAGUUUUCAAAGUGGUUUAUGCGGCUCUGUGGCGGGUGGUAUUGCAGCCGUAAUCACCGCCCCCCUGGAUCUGGCGAAAACACGUAUAAUGCUGGCAGGCACCAGCGGGAAAGCUGAAAUCCACGAUUUGAAAAAGUUGAGUGUUCCCAGGGUUCUCCGCCGUAUUUAUAUGGAGUCAGGGUUCAGGGGGCUCUUUGCUGGAGUCACGCCGAGGCUGGGGAUGAUAUUAUUAGGGGGGUUGGUCUUCUUUGGUUUUUAUGAGGAGACAAAAAGACGCUUUGAAGAAUUUGUCAGGGAGAGGUGA